GAACUGAGAAUAGAGUUUUAAGCGUGAUCAACAAGUGGGCGCUCUGGGAACUAUCUAGUAGCCCUACUGCAUUUAGAAGUAGCGGCCAUUCAUUAUGCUGAGAAGAAGGGGGACUUUAUAUGAAAAUUAGAUGCCCAAGGGAUCUGGACUUCUCUCUGCAGAUCAAUGAGUAUACAAGGCACGAAAAGGUUGUCGUUUGUGUUCUGAUAACUUGUGAAUGGAGAGGGGAAUGCUUCGGAAAGAGGAACGCACGCUUUAAACACCCUCUAAAUUCGAGUGUCCAGUGUCAUGAAACUAAAUCCACAGCAAGCUCCGCUAUAUGGUAAGUGUCUUCUGACGGUGCAGCUGGGUGAUGAAGAGCGUUUGGAGGAUGUAGAGUUCUACCUGCUGUUUGCUGGCACCACCCAGAGGCACCUGACCAGUACCUUGAGGAUAAGCCAUGUCACCCUACAGGCUGUGUGCCCAGCCCAUGACUGCUGUGAGUCGGUGCAAGUCACGCUGUGCUCUGCGCGGUCUGAUGGCUCGGUGGACCCUGUGGCCGAGGAGCGCUUCCAGUUCGUCCAGGACCUGGCCUUCGACAUGGCCCAGUUCCUGGUGAGCGCUGCAGGGCGGGCCGACGKUCUGGAGGGGGCGCUGCUGCUGGAUGAGUGCCAGAUCCCCCUGCAGGAGUGUGAGCGACUGGACGAGAGCCUCUCCCUGGCACUCAGACACCUGGCCCUGCCCCAGGGGUGGAGCGUCCUGGGCGCCAACGUAGGCACACCACCAGGUACCAACCUGGACAACAGCAUUGCUGAGCCCGCUCCACACGAGACCCUCUUGCACUUUGCGGCUCGGCGCGGUCUGCGGAGGGUGGCCCUGUUCCUGCUCGAGCAGCCAGGAGGCAGAGAGGCUCUCAGACUGCCCAACAAGCAGGGCUCUACACCAGUCAGUGUGGCAGAGAAGAGGGGCCACGACCAGCUACAGCAGCUCUUCACUGAGGUUGAGACCUUGUCAGAGACCCGGAUAAAGACGGAGGAGAGGCAGUGUUACCCAGGAGGCCGAGUGCUGCAGCACCACCCUAAACUGAACACAUACACCCUGACGGUGGACACGUUGCUAGGGAAACCUCUGCCCAGCCUAAAGGAAGAGGUGGAGGAGCUACAGAAACUCAUACAGCGCCACAGAGACAACAAGGAAGAUCAUGUGCUCCAGCAGCAGUCCCCAGAUGAGCUGAACACUACAGCAGGAUCCAGUGGCAUCAGCAACACAUCAKCACACUCAGCCACAGAGUCCCAGCCCCCCCACAGCCAUGCCCAGCAGCGGAGAGAGGGCGAGACUCCAGCUUUCAGCGCACCAUCCUGUGGAGACCAGCAGGAGGAAGCUGAUAGAGAGAGGACAGGCGUAAUCACUGCCACGCAGGGCAGCAAGGCAGGGCGCUGUAAAAGGAACCAGGAAGAGAAAGAGAAGAGGAGAGCAGAGACUGAGACAGGCGAUAAGGCUGUUGCUGCUCCGACAAAGGCUUCACGAGCCAUGGGCCACACACAGUCUCAGGAACACACGGAACACACGGAAGCUAAGCAUCAGCCCCUGAGGACUACAGGCAGCAGCAGUAGUGGCUGUGGGGACAUAAGCGUUCAGAGGACUAUGGAAAGGCAGGGCGAGCCUGAGAACAUCCAGGAGAUGGAAUCUGGGGCUCCUGUGGAGAAUGGACAGCACGAUGGACAUAGCGGUGAGGUUGAGGUGGAGUAUGCUGAGGCCACUUCUGAAUGUACUCUUCAGAUUUUGACGGGAGCUGUGAGCCGCCAUGAGGCACAAGCUGUAGAGGCACAGGACUCCGAACAAAGACAGGAAACCACUACAGCAGUGACAAGUUAUUCUGUGGAACCCGAGUGGGCCGAUAACAGCAACCAGACCCGGGUGUCUGAGAGGGGCGGUACAGACGAAAGAAAGACAGAGGCAGGAAACCCCAGCCAACAGACCAACGGUAGCACUGAGACAACCAGCAGCAGAAGUGGAGAGACUGACACAAACAGCAUGAAGAGCCCCAUUAUGGUGGAGGGAGAGAUCAAGAGCAGCCAUUCACACGGACCAGGUUACGUUACAGCAAAAGAACCCAGUGAGCAGCAGGUUCUGGAUCAGCAAGUUGAGGAUACAGUGGAGGUAGUGRCAACCCCACCACAGCCAAGGCAGGACCAGGACGGCACCCACAGCCAGGGCCACGAGACUGGGCAGGAAUGUGAGGAACAGCCGUCCACUGACUUAGCCAGCAGAACAGCUGAGGACAGAGAGAGUGGAGAGACCAUGGGGCGACAACACUAUGAUGUCAUGGUCCACACAUCCUCUUUUGAGGAGGGGGAACUCGUCCAGUCGGUCGGCUGCUCCACAGACAAACUGUCUAAGGAGGGGACAGUCACAGGACAGGAGGCCCCUGGGAAGAAGGUGUCUCUACAGUGGGCAUCGUUAGAAGAGGCAGACUCUCUGGCGUGUAGAGAGGAAAUAGCAGCCACAGCAGUAGCAGUGGUGGCCGUAGCAGUAGCAGCUGCUGUAGCAAGCCUAGAACAAUGCAACUCCAACUCCAUGCUGGAGGGAGGCCAGGUACAGGAAGCUGCCGCAGAGAUCCAGAGUAAGCAUCAGACCGGACCCAAAGACACUGCACGAAGGUCAGGGGUCACGGUGUCUGAGGCCACUGAGAACCUUAGCACCUCAGACAGGGGUCCGACUGUCUCAGCAAGUCCGUUAGAGGAGGAUGUGAUGGUCAAGAACCCCUCAAAGGGAGCGGAUGAGCCUCAUGUCAGACAGGGAGAGGAGAACAGUGAUCUGUCCAAUACCACACGUGGGAGUGAGAAUGGAGUGGAGGCCAGACUACCAGGCCUGAGUCUGACACAGGAAGAAAGUGUAGAAGCCAGCAGACAGUGUGCAGACUCCCACUCGCACACGUUGUUACAUGAUGAAAGGGCUGUGGACAGACAKAGUGCUGAGGUCAUAUCCUCCUCCUCCUCUAUCUCCCCAGAGAGAUCCUCAGAGCUGACACAUCAGGAGGCCAUCCCAGAGAGCCCGACCCCACCAGCCCCACCUGAACAUACACAUACACCCAGUGACUCGACCCUGACCACCCUUACACACCCAGACAGUGGUACAUCCCUGAAUCCAGAGCUGACUUCCCCCUUGGAGCUAGACAAUGGAACAGGCCUGGAUGACGAGCAGUACAGCUCCUCUGUGGAAGUAGUCAUUGGCAUGUCCUUGGGCCUUCAGUCUUCAGAUACACUGGAAAGCCUGGAUGGAGUGUGUGUGAGAAAGCUGGAUACUAAAGACGAGCAUUCUGAAGCUUUAAGACAGCUUGACAAGCCAGUGAAAGACAAAGAAAUAGUCUGUCCAUCCCAGGGAGAAGAGAAGGAGAAGAAGGAAUCCCUCUCAGACACAGCAGACUCUACACUGAUCCACAAAGAGAAGGAGUCAUUUUACCCUGUCCAGCCCUGCACAGAUCCCACACUACAGGUGAAGACCACGAUCCCAGAAUGCACAGAAUUCCCAGUAUCCCCAUGCUCAGAGAGUGUUGGAGGCUCUGUGUCGACCACUGGUGCCCUGCGGGACUCAGUCAGUGAUUUGGACAGUCUGGGAGAGAACAGUGUCUUCAGAAAGGGAGAGGAGGCUGUGACUAGGCCAAGUGAAAGCAACAGUGGUGUGUCGGUGUCCUUCUCCUCCAUAGACGACGUGGCCAGUGUGGGUCCCCUCAGCGCCUGCUCCCAGGGCAGUGUGGGUCCUCUCAGUGUCUCCUCCCAGGGCAGUGUGGGUCCUCUCAGUGUCUCCUCCCAGGGCAGUGUGGGUCCUCUCAGCGCCUGCUCCCAGGGCAGUGUGGGUCCUCUCAGCGCCUGCUCCCAGGGCAGUGUGGGUCCUCCUUGGGCAGGGGCGGGGGCAGGGGUGUUGAGCACUAGGGCCAGUUGGAGUGCCGGAGACGCCUGGCAGACGACAGGGAGGGGGGGAGAGGAGGACGAGAGGAAAGACAAGCUGACAGAGGUGCCUGUGUGCUCCGCUAUCCUGCGCUCCUCUAUCCGCUCACUCUCUCCGUUCCGCCGGCACAGCUGGGGCCCGGGGAAGAAUCCCGCAGGAGACACAGACAUGAACCAACGCAGUUUAUUGCAAGGUCAAGGGGAAGGGAAGCCUCGAAAGCCAACAUUUCAUAGGAGAAGUAUGAGCUGGUGUCCCUCCAACGUCCCCCCUCCCCACCCGGAACAGAUUGAUAGCAGAAGUUACAGUUUGGAGGGUCUGGCUGGAGAGGAGGAUGCUGGGAAGAUCUCCUCUGGUGUGGGAACUGUUGCACGUCUGGACAGUGAGGAGAGGGGCUCACUUCUGUCCCUAACAGAGGAGCAGGAGUCAGACCUGGGAGACUACAGCAGCCUCGACAGCCAGAAAUCAGGAAGAGUUCUGCCUGUGAGACACAGCUGUCCCUCCAUUCCUCACCAAGCACUCACCAAGUCGGUGUCCAUGAUGGCCAUCAGUCACAGAGACCUGGAUGGAAUGGGAUCGGCAUCACUAGAGCACAGCAUCUCUGAGGAGGACCCGGGGCCACUGCGGAGCGACUCUGAGGGGAGACAGGGGACCAAGGUCAGCCGCACCUUCAGUUACCUCAAGAGCAAGAUGAGUACUAAGAAGAACAAGGAGAAAGAGAAGGCUCAGGGGAAGGAUAAAGACUCCAAGGAGAAGGAGAAAAAAAACCUGAACGGCCAUCUCUUCAGCUCUGUGAACCCAGCCCCAUCCGCAACCUGCCACCAAUGCAACAAACCCAUUAUCACUAAAGAAGCCUUCCUCUGCACCAACUGCAAUGCACAGGUCCAUAAGGGCUGCAGAGAGCGUCUUCCUGUGUGUGUCCAGGUCAAAAUGAAGCAGCAGAAGCAGCAAACGGUGCCAGAUUCUGCGUCCAUAUCCGGAGUCAUGUUGAGAAGUAAAUCUACAUCAUCGACAUCGUCUCGGGAGCGUCCGUGGUCUGCCAUCUUGUCGCCUGAUGACCAGGCCAUGGUUACGGUGGCAGCGGUGGUGCCUCGCAGGAAUCACAGCAUCCUCCCCUUUAACAAAAGCAACCUGUCCAAGAGCAUCUCCAUCAGCAACAUCGCAGGGCCAUUGAUGGAUGAGAUGCCACUGAAGGGCCUGAAGUACCUGUCCCAGUCCACAGACUCACUGCACAAGACCUCCAAGGUCAAUGAGUCCACUGAGUCUCUCACUGAUGAAGGGACUGAGAUGAUGGACAGCCAGCUGAUGGGAGAGUUUGAGGCAGAGUCUAAGGAUCUUGAGGCAGACUCCUGGACCUUCACUGUGGACAAGAAGUAUGUGAAGGGGCUCAAGAAGGAGGUGGUCAAGAGACAGGACGUCAUCUAUGAGCUGGUCCAGACAGAGAUGCACCACGUACGGACGCUGAGGAUCAUGUCUGAGGUGUACAGUAAGGGCCUGCAGAAGGAGUUGCAGCUGGAGGCCCUGACGGUGGAGCGGGUGUUCCCCAUGCUGGAUGAACUCCUGGACCUACACACAGACUUCUUCACACACCUCCUGGAGCGCAAGAGGGAGUCUUCAAUCGAAGGUCGGGAUGACGGGAGCUUCCUCAUCCACAAGAUAGGAGACGUCCUUGUCUCACAGUUCUCAGGGCCCAAUGCGGACCGCAUGAAGAAAGUCUACGGGAAAUUCUGCAGUCGCCACAACGAGGCAGUUAACUUUUAUAAGGAGCUUCACACCAAAGACAAACGCUUCCAAGCCUUCAUUAAGAAAAAGAUGAGCAGCACAAUCGUCCGAAGACUAGGCAUUCCAGAGUGUAUCUUAUUAGUGACACAGCGAAUAACCAAAUACCCCGUGCUACUACAGAGGAUACUGCAUCACACCAAAGAGAAUGAGGAAGACCAUGACGAUAUAACCCAGGCUCUGAGGCUGGUGAAGGAGAUUCUAAAUGCAGUGGACAACAAGGUGAACGAACACGACAAGAAGAAACGGUUGAAAGAAGUGUACAGUCGUACGGACAGCAAGUCCAUUCAGAGGAUGAAGAGUGGCCAGAUGUUUGCACGGGAAGACCUGGUGAGAGGCAGGAGGCUGCUGCAUGAUGGACCACUGCAGCUCAAGAACUCUGCAGGCAGACUAAAGGAUGUCCAGGCCAUGCUGCUGUCCGACGUGUUUGUGUUCCUCCAGGAGAAAGACCAGAAAUAUGUCUUUGCCUCACUGGACCAGCGGUCCACGGUGAUCUCCCUGCAGAAGCUGAUUGUGCGUGAGGUGGCUAAUGAGGAGAGGGGUCUGUUCCUGAUCACAGCGGGGAUAGAGAAGCCAGAGAUGGUGGAGGUGCUGGCCAGCACCAAGGAGGAACGCAACACCUGGAUGCAGCUCAUACAGGACGCCAUGCACUCCAUAGAGAAGGAUGAUGAUGAGGGAAUCCCCAGUGAGACCGAGGAAGACAAGAGACUGCUAGAGACCAAAGCACGGGAGAUUAGAGAGCUGCUGAGGAAGAAGGAUGAGCAGAUCAUGAGUCUAUUGGAGGAGAAGGUGAAGGUGUUCAGGGAAAUGUGUGAGGGUGGCAGCAGACCAGCAGAGGAGACCAGACCAACCCAGUCUAUCAGGACCAGAAUGCUGUUUAGAGCCACCCCAGAUGACAUCACCAAGGGAGAGCCCAUCAUGAAGGAUGCCCUGAGGGAAGUGGAGACUCUCCAUGUGCUGGUGAAUGGAAGUCUGGGCGGGGCCGUGGGGCAGCAGGUGUCCAGUACCCAGGAUGCAUCAGGGGGCAGUGUGGGGCCGGUGUGUCUGCCUCGCCGCGCUGAGACCUUCGGAGGCUUCGACAGCCACCAGAUGAACAUCUCCAAGAACGGAGAGAAAGAAGAGGGGGAUGACUCAUUAGACCUUCGGAGGACUGAGUCAGACGGCGUGUUAAAGAAGGGGGGCAACAACAACCUACUGCUGCUGCUCAAGAGGAACAGUGAGCAGGUCCUCCAGAGUGUCACACACCUCCAUGACCUCCUCAGCACACUGCAGGCAGUGGUGGUGCAGCAGGACACCUUCAUCGAGGACCAGCGUCAUGCUCUGGCUGAGCGGCCAGCCUCACGCCACUCCUCCACCUCCUCCCUGUCCUCCUCCUCCUCACGGCCCAACUCCCUGAUUGAGCAGGAGAAACAGCGCAGCCUGGAGAAGCAGAGGCAGGAGGUGGCCAACCUGCAGCGCCAGCAGGUGGCCCACGCUGAUGAGAGGAGGAGGAGGGAGAGGGAGUGGGAGGUGAGGGAGUCGGGGCUGGGCGACAGGGAGGUGCAGGUGAAGGAGCAGGAGGAGGAGACAGUAAAGAGGCGUAGGCAGAUGGAGGAGGAGAGGAAGGAGCUGCUAAGGAGGAAGGAGGAGUACCAGAGGGAUCUGGAGAGGCUGAGGGACGCCCAGAGGAAGCUGGACAGAGACAAGGAGACGCUGCAGCGGGAGGCUGAGAUGGUGGAGCAGAUGAAGAAAGCCGAGGUAGAGCAGGCACACAGGACCCAGCGGACGCCCUCCACCACCUCAGAGGAGUCCAUGAAGUUUCAGAGCUCCACCUCUCUGGAUAAAGAGCCUGGAGGAGGGGAGGCAGAGCUGUCCUCCUCCCCCACCACCAAAGAACCCUUCCUCAGGAUGGGCUCCAAGAGGAAAGGGAAGAACCUGAACCCCUUCUCCUCCUCGUCCUCUUCCUCCAACGCCAGCUCCAAGGCCCAGAGCAGCACAGAGGGCCAGAACCAAAUCCCUAACCGCCUGAUGCAGAUGGCCAAGACCAAGGACAAGGAGAAGAAGAAGAAGAAAGGGAAGGGGCAGCAAUCACAGCCAGAUCCUGAAAACACUGGGGGCACAGAGCCUCAGGGCGACGGAAAGAUCUUCUUCUGCUGAUCCCUCUGUCAUCCACUAUCCCACAAUGCCCCACACUCACUGCAUCAACUGACUGCCAGACCAUGUAGUAGUGUGGCCAGAUAGACAUGCACCCCAUUGACAUACUGUACCCUACCCACUGACCUGGACCUGGAGGGGUCGGCCAUGGCCAAGGACAGGAUGUACAGCUUGAGCACUUCCUGUGAACUUAUUACGGAACCAUGCAGACACUUCCCGCUUAGUUGCCACUGAAUUGUCAAGGUGUAACUUUUGGAUGAAGAUAAUUCGGGUUUGAUUCUGUGGUGAAGCUGCAAGUCUGCUGUGGCAUGGAUUGGAUUGGUAUGCAUGGGUUGGUUACUUUGGUGUUUGAUAGUGUUCAGAAAUGAUUUGGACAGUUUCAGGAAUUUUACCAUGGCUAGAAGAAGAUUUAGCAUUCAUGAAGUAUACAGUAGCUAACAUUCGUUUUCUAUGUGAAGGGAAGGUUUAACAGAGCAGGUGUCGUAGGGGAGUGACUGGUAGAAUGUUCUGCAUUUCACAAAUUCAAGUAUACCCUAAUAGCCAAUAUGACAAAAGAGAGCAUACAGUACACCCUAUUCAACAAUUCCAGUUGAGUGAGUAAAGCUUAUGUAAUAGUGUUUAUUGACAUACUUCUAAAGGUAUUGCUUAACACUGGGCCCCAUAAUGCUUCGUUCCCGCCUGUAAGGAACUACAGCCUCAUUUCUCCCAUCAGCACUACAUCAGUUGUAAAGAAAGGCAACUCAAGGCUAGAGAAGACAUGACUAACCACAGAGUCCGAGUUGUGAGAAGAGGAUGAAUGAGUCUGGGAGAAACGGAAAACAAGACAAGCCAAAGAAAGAGAAAGAAUAGCUUGUAAUGGAGGAGAGAAAAGAGAAAAGAGAGAGAGAGAGAUGAGUGACGAAGCGAAACUCAAAGACAUAGUGGCUGACUUGCUUUUGUUGCUGUUGUCCACUUUGCAAUUGAAUAUAAUGAUGAUAAACUGUUAGACGCUACGGUUCCAGCUGACUGAAUGGGUAGAAGAAACAUUUGCGGUACUUGUUUCUAUUCCUCCACUGCACACUUGAGUUUGAAUUUGUGAACCCUUUUAUUUGUCAAUCACUGUAAUGCAAUACUGGCACAGGGUUUGAAGUUGAUGAUAAUAUUCACUCUGUUACAAGUGGCAAGACUUCCUGCUUUACAAUGAGUGACAAUCAUUCAAUAUACACAGACUAAAUCGAAAUCCAGACUGAUUAAGGGAUAUCUAUCUCACAAGAAUGGAUUUACAGAAACAAAAAUUCUGAUUACAUUUUUUGGGUAAUAUUUUAAUGCUGAUAUUGGAAUAGAUUAAUCUAGCCCUGACCAACCAUUCCCAUUGGAAUUACACUGAUACUGUAUAUCUGCCUGCAGGACAGGCUGUUCGUCUAUUAGUAAAACCAAACCAAACCUUUCCUCUGUACAAAACCCCAUAUUUCCCUAUUGUCCCUGCAGUCUGCUCUAGUAUUGGUAGCCUGUGGUACCAUAAGCUCUCUUGUGCCUCUCAAAUAGUCCAGAAUAAUUAAUGUCCCUGUAUUUUCUUCAUUUAUAUUUUUCCGUCCAUGCUCCAGUCUUGGGUUUUGAUCCAUAUAACCAGGGGUGCAUUAUGCGUAAUAUUUCAGUUUUGUCGUUUCUCUUUACUGCUGAUGAGCAGAAUUUAAAAUGAAAGCACAGCAAAGUCCUCUUCUGACUCUGUAAAACUGAAAUAUGGUGCUAAUCAUCAGUCACAUAGGCUGUGUUUACACCCAAUUCUGAUCUUUUUAUCACUAA